GGGUCUGCUUCGCGCUAGAUAACAUUAUCUUUGUGUAUAUGGCAUGCUACUGUCGCUCCAGGGCGAUGUGCAUGGGGAGUAAGGCUGUGUUACCAGAGUCCUCACCUGGGAGCUGAGACGGAAGGCGGGGUCAGGGGCCAUGUUGCACCAGCCUGAGCCGAGAGAGGUUAGUGGGUUGAAAAUCGGUGCAGGUGGUGGAAAAACAUGUCAACAAUGCUUGUGGUGGGGCAAACACAGCUUUGCGGUGCUUUGUGAGCAUCUGCUUGCACAAUGGCACUAUGAUGAGGAGCGCUUGAGCCAAUCACUGCAGCACGCAUUGUACGUCUCAUCACCACCAUGGACGCAGAAAGUGCAGAAUCAGGCCUCUCAUGGGAGGUGAGGGCCAACCAGCAUCACUACCACAAACGACAGCAGAAGAAAUCCUUCCUGUUCUUCCGUCGGGGACGAUGCUCGGACAACGUGGUGCGCAGCUAUAAGUACUCCGUGCUCACUUUCCUGCCCCUGACGCUGUUUGAGCAGUUCCAGCAACCGGCCAAUCUCUACUUCCUCUUCAUGGUGGUGUUGCAGUCUAUUCCCAUCAUCUCGUCCAUCGCGUGGUACAUCUCCGUCGUGCCGGUGCUCAUCAUUCUCUCUGUGAAAGGCAUAAAGGACCUCAUUAACGACAUGGCAAGGAGAGGCAGUGACUCUGCGAUCAACUCCCGACCAUGUGACGUGCUCGUCUCCCAGAGUUUCAUUACAGCACAAUGGAAGGAUUUGUGUGUGGGAGACAUUGUGCGCAUCCACAAAGACCAAAUCAUUCCUGCAGACCUUCUGCUCCUGUGCAGUUCAGAGCAUCAGAGUCUGUGUUAUGUGGAGACAGCUGACAUUGACGGCGAGACAAACCUGAAGUACAGACAGGCUCUCGAUGGAACACACCAUGUCUUAACCUCUCACCCUGCAGACGGGACGCUGGCUAACUUCGACGGUGUCGUUCUCUGUGAGGAGCCCAACGAUCGCUUGUACACCUUCAGGGGACAGCUCCACUGGCGGAGGCAAUGUCUCCCGCUGGACAGCGAGCAUAUCCUGCUGAGGGGGACAGUGCUGCGGAACACGCCGUACGCUUACGGCUUGGUCAUAUACACCGGUACAGACACAAAGAUUCUGAGGAACUGCGGAAAAUUGCGGAAGAAGGGAACUCGAGUGGAAAAAGUUCUCAACGGAGCGGUGAUCGGGAUAGUCGUGGCCAUUCUGCUGACUGCGCUUCUUCUGGCCGUGGGGAACGGACUAUUCGCCAGCCGGGUCAUGACCCACACGGAGGUUCUGUCUUCUCUGGUCAUCAACAACGACCCGGCCUACACAGGCUUCCUCACCUUCUGGAGCUACAUCAUCCUGCUCAGCCCCGCCAUGCCUCUUGCACUCUUCUUCACGUUUGAGAUGAUCCACACAAUGCACAGCAAGUUCAUUGGGUGGGAUCUGGAGAUGUACUGGCAGAAGACUGACAGCCCAGCACAGGCACGCCACACCUCCUUAUGUGAGGAGCUGGGCCAGGUGGAAUACCUGCUCAGUGACAAGACUGGGACCCUGACCCAAAAUCGUCUGCUUUUCAGACAGUGCUGCAUAGCUGGCAAGAUUUAUGGUAAUUUCCAUUUCCCCUCCCUCAUUUCAUUUAUAAUAUAUCAAGAGUUAAUCUGCAAAAAUCAGCUGUGCUAUAAUUGUUUUCAUCCCUUUCUGAUUGGGAUACAAACCCCGUUUCCAUAUGAGUUGGGAAAUCCGAUGGACCUCAGAUGGAAUCCUUUCUCCCGUGGGGGUCUGUUCAUGUGGGCUCCCACCCUGGUGAGGCGUCUCCGAGCACAGCAGUGUGAGACCACGAGACAAUUCUUCACGGCGCUGACCGUGUGUCACACCGUCAUGGCCGAGUGGAAGAAAGGCGCUCCAGUUUACCAAGUGGCAUCUCCAGACGAGGAAGCUCUUGUUUGUGCCGCCAGGGAGUUGGGCUGGGUCUUCCUGUCCAGGACCAGAGACAUCAUCGAUGUCUCCGAACUGGGAGUCACCCGUCGCUAUAAACUUCUGGCGUUGCUUGACUUCACCAGCCAGAGGAGAAGGAUGUCUGUGCUGGUUCAGGAGCCAGGGGGAGCUUUGAAACUUUACUGCAAGGGAGCUGAUAUAGUGAUACUGGAGAGGCUACAAAGGGGCUGUCCACAUCAGGAGAUGACUGAACAAGCCUUGGAGCUGUUUUCCCAGGCCUCUCUGAGGACUUUGUGUAUUGCUGUCCGGUCGGUUGCUGAGGCGUCAUGGAAGCAGUGGCGCAAAACGCUGGCCAGGGCGGCGGCCAUGGCGACCUGUGACCGCGGCAACCUGCUGGAGAAGCUUUAUGAAGAGAUGGAGCAAGAGCUUCAGCUUCUGGGAGUUACGGGCAUAGAGGACCGACUCCAGGAGGGCGUUCCAGAAACUAUCGCUUUACUUACACAGGCUGGGAUUAAAGUAUGGGUGCUAACAGGGGACAAAAAAGAGACCGCAGUCAACAUCGGCUAUUCUUGUAAACUGCUGGAUCCUGAUACAAAAUUACUUGAGUGGCAGGAGUUGAGAAACAUCCUGCAGUCCCCAGACCCUGAAGUCAGUUUCCUUAAGGCCCGUGAAACACAGCUGUGGGCUAUUGAAAAGGACAAACCCGGAUCAAAGACGGCGAUGGUCCUGACUGGUCCCGAACUGACAGAGUUUGACCAGAGACCGGAAUGGGGGUCCACGUUCAUGAGCCUGGCCAAACAGUGUCAGUCGGUGUUGUGUUGCCGGGUGACACCUGGGCAGAAGGCCAACAUCGUCACUUUGGUCCAGAACCACACCAGCUCAAUUACGCUGUCAAUCGGGGACGGCACCAACGAUGUCAACAUGAUUAAGACGGCUCACGUUGGCGUGGGUCUGGUAGGAGUGGAGGGAGGCCAGGCUGUGCAGAACGCAGACUUCGCCUUGUCCCAGUUCAGGUUCCUGCAGAGGUUGCUCCUGGUCCACGGGCGCUGGUCUUACCGCCGCAUCUCCCUUUUCUUGAGUUACUACUUGUUUAAGACAUGCAGCUAUACGCUUGUCCAAAUAUGGUUUGGCAUCUUCAACGGCUUCAGUGCUCAGUCAGUAUAUGAAGGAUGGUUCAUAAGUUUGUACAUCGCCUUCUACACGGCUUUCCAUAUUCUGUUUGUGGCCUUCUUUGAAAAGGAUGUGAGUGCAGAAAACAGCCUAAAACGGCCUGAGCUCUACAAGUCUGGACAGAGGCAGCAGCUUUCCAGUCCUCUGGUCAUAUUUGUGUCACUGGUGUACGCCGUCUACGCUUCACUUGCUCUCUUCUUCAUCCCGUAUGGAGUCUAUUCCGACACAGCUUUCGACUACCAGACCAUGGCAAUCACUGUGUCCAUGGCAGCUACUUUUACUGCCAUCAUUGAGAAUGUGUUGAUCAGCAGAUAUUGGACAAUGUUGAACAUAGGAGCAGUAUGCUGUUCUUUGCUCAUGUUCUUCAUCGGCACCUCGGUCACAAAUUCCAAGUUCCUGUUUCUUAGAGCACCACUGGACUACUACUUUUAUGGUGCAUCCGUCAUGGCCUUCAGAGAUCCAGUCGUAUGGCUCACGGCUGUGCUCGCCGCCUUGACGGCCGUGUUGCCUUCACUGAUCUUUCAUGCAGUCAGUGCCAUCCGCCCCAGCCAAGACAAACAUAAAGUCCACAGCAUGACUCCUCAGCCAGUAGAACUGAAUCCAAGGUUCAAACGGGGAUCAUCUCGGCGUCGUUCUUCAUUUGCUGUCUCUCAAGGACCUGCGCCUGAACGCCUGAUCUCUUCAGGCAUCCAAAACACAGUUAUGGAUACCAACGGUGUGGACUCGAGUGAUGCGAUUUCGUCUCAAGUAUAACACGAGUCGCAAUUAUUCUGAUUUUGGACUCAGCUUGACAACAUCAUGAAAGACUUGCAACUCGACUCGGACUUUUACAUCACUUUACUCGGGCUUUAGCAAUACAACCUCCCAGCCAACGUUCCCUCUAAGGUGCGUGCCUGUGCAAUUGCGCACUGCUCAAGCAUCCUCUGCGCACAGCAAAUCUAUGCCACGCACAAAAUCAAAUAAGAAAAUAAGCGCAUAACAAUUUUCGUCACAAGGACACGACAGAGAAAACAGUUUUCGUCAUCAUUGUUCAAAUAUUGUAACGUCUGUCGAGACGCUUUGAGGACAUGAAUUCCAUCGAUCACUUUACUGAGCAAAACUCUUUAUUGUCGGCCAUAAACACAUCACCAAAACAUUAGUAAAAAAAAUUAUAUCCAGCAAAAGUGGUCAUUUUCUGCAGUACAAACCAGACCAAAAGCAACUUUGUUAUAUCAACAGCAGCCGCUCGCUCUUUCUCACUUGCGCCAACACAUGCACAUAUGGCACUUAGCCAGUGAUGCGUUUACAGCCACACAAAAAGUCGGACAACUCCAACACCACACAUAAAGUGUAAUUCCAGGUCGUUACACUAUGAUUUACCAAUCAAAUGUGUGCUUAUUCUUGUGUCAUUUAUUAGGAAUCUUAAUUUAUAAAUAUUAAUCAUGAAAUGCUGUUAGUAUAUUAAAUAAAUACUAAUAAAAAUAUAUUUUUUACAAACAGGAAGUUGCAGGAAUGUACACAGGAUCCCCUGCUUACAUCUCAUUGUGCAACAUGUGAAUGUUUUAAUGGGAACUAAAUGCAAUGUCUGAAAGGGAUACAAAUUAUUUCCAAAGCAGGACCUCCACCCAGACAAACAAUACAAGUACACAGUUCAUGAAAAACAAUAUUUUUUGUUAUUGUCAUUGUAAGUGGGCCUAAACACUUAUAUUAGAAAAUAACCUCAUGGAAAUGACUGCGAUCAUUUGAUUAUAAUAAUAAGAGAAUGUUGUCUGUCUAUCUGUGUUGGCCCUGCGAUGAGGUGGGGACUUGUCCAGGGUGUACCCCGCCUUCCGCCUGAAUGCAGCUGAGAUAGGCUCCAGCACCCCCCGUGACCCCGAAAGGGACAAGCGGUAGAAAAUGGAUGGAUGGAUGGAGAUUGAACUUGUUAUUUAGUCAGGUUUGGGACAGGUGUGCUGCUGGUGUAGCCACAGUGUGCACGUCUGAUGUUGCUCACAUGGGCUCCACUGAAUGCUCAGGGAGUUUUUGCGUUUGCUCACACACAUGAAAAAUUAGAGGGAACAUUGCUCAUAACACUUGAGAGAUUAGGUAAGAGUGUUCAGCAAAUGUGUCCUCAGCAGUUAUAUACAAAAUGUAUUUUAAAGACAAAGUCGAUGCAACUAUGAUUAUCUUGACCAUGUGACAAGUUUGCACUGCAGCAUAUUCCCUGGGUAAUGUCCCAGCAACCGCAUAUCAAUGUCAAAGAUAGCAUGCCACUCAAAUGUGCAAGUACUCCCUGUCACCAUUAUGCAUUCUGUCUAGUAAGUACACUGAACAAAAAUAUAAACACAACACUUGUUUUUGCUCCCAUUUUUCAUGAGUUGAACUGAAAGAUCUAAAACUUUUACUGUAUACACAAAAUACCUAUACCUCUCAAAUAUUGUUCACAAAUUUAAGUGAGCACUUCUUCUUUGCCAAGUUAUUCCAUCUCAUCUCACAGGUGUGGUAUAUCAAGAUGCUGAUUAAACAGCACGAUUAUUGCACAUGUGUGCCUUAGGAUGCCCACAAUAAAGGGCCAGUCUGAAAUUUGCAGUUUUGCUUCAUUGGGAGACUGGGGGGGGUCAGAAAAGCUUUCAGUAUCUGGUGUGACAACCAUUUGCCUCACGCAGUGCAACACAUCUUCUUGGCAUAGAGUUGAUCAGGUUGCUGAUCGUGGCCUGUGGAAUUUUGGUCCACUCUUCUUCUAUGGCUGGGUGAAGUUUCUGGAUAUUGGCAGGAACUGGAACAUUCUGUUGUAUACGCCGAUCCCCAGCAUUCCAAACAUGCUCAAUGGGUGACAUGUACGGUGAGUAUGCUGGCCAUGCAAGAACUGGGAUGUUUUCAGCUUACAGAUCCUUGCAACAUGGGGCCGUGCAUUCUCAUGCUGCAACAUGAGGUAAUGGUCUCAGGUGAAUGGCACAGCAAUGGGCCUUAGGAUCUCGUCACGGUAUAUCUGUGCAUUCAAAAUGCUAUCGAUAAAAUGCACUUGAGUUUGUUGUCCAGAACAUACACCUGCCACACCAUAACGCCACCCCCACAAUGGACAACUCGAUUCUCAACGUCUCAGCAAACCGCUCUCCCACAUGACACCCGACACUCUGUCUGCAAUCUGCCCUGAACAGUGAAAACCAGGAUUCAUCCGUGAAGACAACACUUCUCCAACGUGCCAGACGCCAUGGAAUGUGAACAUUUACCUACUCAAGUCGGUUACAACGACGAACGGCAGUCAGGUUGGGACCCCGACGAGGACGACGAGCGUGCAAAUGAGCUUCCCUGAGAUGGUUUCUCACAGUUUGUGCAGAAAUUAUUUGGUUAUGCAAACCAAUUGUCGCAGCAGCUGUCCGGGUGGCCGGUCUCAGACGAUCAUGGAGGUGCAUCAGCGGGAUGUGGAGGCCCUGGGCUGAUGUGAUUACACAUGGUCUGCGGUUGUGAGGCCGGUUGGAUGUACUGCCAAAUUCUCUGAAACGCCUUUGGAGACGGCUAAUGAUAGAGAAAUGAACAUACAAUUCAUGGGCAACAGCUCUGGUGGACGUUCUUGCAGUCAGCAUGCCAACUGCACUCUCCCUCAAAA